AUGGUACUCGCAAGAAAGUAUUCGACAAACGUUUGGAACGUAAAUACCAGACCAGCUCAAGAAAAUUCACUUCCUGACAUAUUAAAAGAAAGGAUCCAUACAAAUUCAAUUCUCCUCGGAGUCGAAGAAGUAAAGGCACCUACUUUCCCUGACUCUGUCUCAUCUGGAGAUGUUAAACUGAUUAAGAAGGAAGGAGAUUCGGUAGCUAUGGACGAAGUUGUGAUGGAAAUAGAAACAGACAAAACAGCACUACCAGUUAUGUCACCGGGGAACGGAAAGAUUUUGAAGAUGCUGGUGAAAGAAGGACAGUCUGUCAAGUCACAGCAGCCUUUGUUUCAGGUGGACGUCACUGGAGUCGCACCAGCCAAGGCAGCUCCAGCAGCACCAAAAGCAGCACCAGCACCAGCCCCGGCUGCUGCACCAGCACCUGUUGCGGCACCGGCUGCCGCACCAGCUGCUGCUACAGCCACUGCUACUCAAACCACCGUAGUAAAGAAAGGUGCUCCGGCUGGACCAACACCUGCGGCACUUAAAAUUGGAGAUCCAACUAAAACUAUAUCGGGUACAAGAACUGAACUACCGGUGCCCAUGAAUAGAAUGCGCAAACGAAUCUCUGAGAGACUCAAAGAAGCCCAAAAUACAACGGCCAUGUUAACGACGUUCAACGAGUGUGAUAUGAGCAAACUGAUGGCGUUUAGAAAGGCCAAUUUGGAGACGUUCACAAAAAAGUAUGGCGUGAAGCUGUCUUUCAUGUCACCAUUUUUAAAAGCGUCGGCCAAUGCACUGAUCGAUCAGCCCGUCAUCAAUGGCGUUAUACAGGGCGAUAACAUUGUUUACAGAGACUACGUCGAUAUAUCAGUAGCGGUCGCGACACCGAAGGGUCUCGUAACGCCGGUAGUGAGGAAUGUGGAUUCCAUGGAUUUUCCCCGUAUAGAACUAGCAAUCAAUGCUCUCGCCGAUAAAGCUAGAAAAGGUAAAUUGACGCCAGCUGAUAUGCAAGGAGGUACGUUCACUAUCAGUAACGGCGGCGUGUUCGGCUCGCUGUUGUCUAUGCCUAUCAUCAACAUGCCACAGAGCGCCAUCCUUGGAAUGCACGCUAUCUUUCAAAGACCAGUCGCAAUACAGGGAAAGAUCGAAAUUAGACCCAUGAUGUACUUGGCUCUGUCCUACGACCACAGACUUAUAGAUGGACGCGAGGCAGUCAUGUUCUUACGUAAAGUAAAAUCAGGUGUUGAAGAUCCUACAUCCAUUCUAGCUGGAAUAUAA